AUGCCAAACCCUUCAAUCCCACGUUCUUCUUCCAAUCCCCUACUCUCCCACACUGAUAUGCUCCCUCCUGCGGCUCGCACUGUGUGUUCAGCUCCCAUAUCAAAAGCACUAACUUCGAAGCUCUCAUGGGGGCAGAAGAUACAGAGAUUUAUCGGGAGGAGGAGUGACUCGGACUUGACACAAGAGAGUCUGGAGCACCACAACCGGAGACAGGAGAGUUUUGAUCGUGAGCUUCAGAAGAGGGUACAGGAAAUUAGUCUUCAUGAGGCCUUCAAUGCCGAGCUUGAGACCAGAUAUAGUCCAUACUACAUUCGAGGACUCACAUAUCCGGCAGCUCUUGUACCUCCUAGUCCUGGACCAGGCGAAAGCGAACCAUCUUCUGGUGCUACUUGGACCUCUAUCUCAACUUUCUUGUUUAAAAUGAGGGAGUGGAGCUCUUGCCGUGUCAGCUCUAAGAAAGGUCAGCUUUACAGCAAGAAGCUUAAGGCUCAAGCAACCUACACUGCAGUGAAAUCUAGGCGUCCUCAACCAAUAACACCUAAUGAACUGUCAGUUAAUUCAGAAACAUCGAAUAUGGUUGUUACCGAAGACAUCAUCAGCACUGUUGAAAACAAAGAGAAGCCAUUGAGGGAGAGAGUACUUGAAGCAGUAGCUACAGCUGCUACACCAACAAAUACCGAAAGGGAGUACAUAUGGGCAGACAAGUACCAGCCCCAGUGCUUAGAAGAUUUCAUAUGUAAUAGAGACAAAGCAACUCAGCUACAGGUUUUGGCCAGAGGUGGAGGGUGUGGGCAUUUCAUAUUCGAAGGACCUCCAGGCGUGGGGAAGAGAACUAUGAUCUGGGCUAUGCUGAGAGAGGCUUUUGGACGUGACACUAUACAUGCUAGAGAGGAAUCCAAGGCAUUCGACUUGAAGGGUGAAGUGGUAGGUAGUAUUAAUGUACAAGUGAAGCAAUCCCCUCAACAUGUUGAAGUAAAUCUCUCUGAAUUGAAAGGUUAUGAGAAGCAUGUGAUUGUUGAACUCAUGAAGGAAACACAGUACAACAUACCUAACAAAUCAGCUUUGCCGUGCAGCCUUGACAACUGCCGAGCACUGAUCUUAUAUGAGGCAGACAAGCUAUCCACAGAUGCCCUACUUUAUAUUAAGUGGCUAUUAGAAAGGUAUAAAGGGUGUAAUAAGGUCUUCUUCUGCUGUUCUGAUGUGGCAAAGCUUCAGGCCAUCAAGACAAUUUGUACUGUCGUUGAGCUUUUGCCGCCUUCAAAGAAUGAGAUUGUUGAAGUUUUAAAAUUUAUAGCCAAACAAGAAGGCAUAGAUUUGCCACAUCAACUGGCUGAAAGGUUCGCUGAAAAUUCCAAAAACAGUCUCCGUCUGGCAAUUCGUUCAUUCGAGGCCACUUGGAAAAAGGGUUCUUAUCCCUUUAAAGAAGAUCAAGUAAUUUUGACAGGAUGGGAGGAUGAAAUUGCAGAUAUUGGAAAGAAUAUGAUCGAAGAGCAAAGCCCAAAACAGCUAUACAUUAUCCGUGGAAAGCUUCAAAAUCUGAUAUUGCAUGGUGUAUCUCCUGAAUUCAUUUUCAAAUCCCUAGUAGCAGAGCUGAAGAAGUAUUUGGACGAGAACAUGCAGGUUCAAGUUGAGAGCAUGUAUGAUGAAUACAGUAGGAAUGACGAAACUAUGUUUGAGAGUGACAAAGCACUGACACUUACUCGACAUCAAGAAAUGGGUAAAAGGCUCAAUGAUCCAUCCAGGAAGAAUAUACAACGGUUCUUGAGGAUUGAAGAGUUUAUAGCCAAAUUUAUGAGCUGCUACAAGGGUUGUACGAAUACCAAGACUUAUCAUCAUGAUACUCCACCAUAGGGAGAGACUUCUUGUUGGCCAGCUAGCCAACGACAACUCCCCAUUGAACUAUUAUGUCUUAAUACUUCCGUGGGGAGAAUGCUCUCUUCUUUUUGUAUACUAUUUCUGCUGCUGAGAACUAUCGGUUGUUUUGUUGCAAACUUGUGUGCUAAUGGCUUGAACUACGUACAUGAGUACUACUAUGGAACUUAAUAAGGUGAGGUACCAUGAGUAAAAUGUUUAUCAGAACAUUUCGACUGUAAAAAUGGUGUCCUACUUUGCCCAUGAUGUAAAAAGAACGACAGGCAAACUUAAUAUUAAGCGAUGUAAAUUACCAAAUACUGGACCUCUAUAUAUUA